AUGACAAGUCUAACAGAUAAAAGAGUUGUGAUUGCAACCUUGUUUUUACCUUACACUGUAGACUUUGAAUUACAAGAUAAAAAGAAACACACCUUUACUGUGGAUACGGUUUCAUCCAAUGACAACAAGAAAAAGACGGACGAUGUCACCAACCUCAUUCAAAGUCUAGCCAAACUACAACAAAAGGAAAAAGAUGCCUUAUUUGAUUUUACAAAACCUGAACAACUGGUUCAACCUCGUAGUAAACAACAACGUCAGGAAGAGAUCCGUAAAUUAGCUCCCUUAUUAUCCGUCAUUCCUUCUCAAAGCAGAAGACCUUCGAUCGACAGUGCUCAAGUAUUUGCUGACGCGCCUUGGUCUGCUAAACCUUGUUCGGGUGGUAAUAUUGGUCUCAACAAUGCUCUUUUUUCAAUCCGACAUCGUUUAUCCAGUCUCGCUUGGGUUGGUACCUUGGGUAUGCCCACAGAUCCUCUCUCACAAAAGACCAAGGAUGAAAUUCAUGCGACUUUUAAUGAACGGUUUAAUUCUUAUCCGGUCAUGCCUUCAGAUACUGUCUUUGAUGGACAUUAUAAUCAAUAUUGUAAACAGGUGCUUUGGCCUUAUUUUCAUUAUGUAGUACAAGACGAUCCCAAGAAUAUGAUGUCGCAGGACGGUCCUUAUAAAGCGUACAAGGAAUUGAAUCAACAAUUUGCAGAUACCAUUGUCGAGAAUUACAGAGAAGGAGAUAUCAUCUGGAUCAAUGAUUAUCAUCUCAUGUUGCUACCUGGUAUGGUGCGUGAAAAAAUACCCAAUGCAACGAUUGGUUUCUUUCUUCAUAUUCCUUUUCCCAGUAGUGAAUUAUUUCGAUGUCUACCUCCUCGAAAGGAAUUAUUGGAGGCCAUGUUACAAUCCGAUGUGAUUGGAUUUCAAACCUACUCAUUUGCCAGACACUUUCUUCGUACAUGUGCACGUAUUUUAUCUGUGGAUGCCACACCCUCGGGUAUCCAACUUGACACCCAUUAUUGUUCGGUCGGUAUCCACCCCAUCGGUAUUGACAUUCAUUCGCUCAACAAAAAGAUUGCUGACCCCACGGUAGCCCAAUGGGUGACCAAACUCAAGGAAAAAUACGCUGACAAGAAACUCAUUGUGGCGAGAGACAAGUUGGAUUAUAUCAAGGGUGUAAGACAAAAGCUCAUGGCAUUCGAACAAUUCUUGAUCCAUCAUCGGGAGUGGCGAGGUAAAGUCGUGUUGAUUCAGAUCGCUUUAUCCACAUCCGAAUACAAUGAAUUAAGAGCGCAUAUCUCGGACGUCGUUUCUCGUGUCAAUUCAAAGUUUAGUAAUAUUUCCUAUCAACCCAUCGUGUUUUUACAUCAGGAUAUUUCCUUUGCUCAGUAUCUCGCCUUAUUGACUUGCGCUGACGCUUGUCUUUUGACUCCGCUAAGGGAUGGCAUGAAUUUAACCUCGCAUGAAUACAUUGUCUGUCAAAAGGAAACACAUAACCCAUUGAUCCUAAGUGAGUUUACAGGUACAUACGGAAGCUUCGGUGCAUCUGUCAGAGUUAACCCCUGGGAUUACAGACAAGUCAGUGAUGCCAUUCAUGAAGCCUUAUCGAUGGGAUCGGAUGAAAAGACGGACCGUUGGAAGGAACUUUACAAAAGUAUCGAAACUAAUUCUGCACAACACUUUGCAGGAAAUAUUAUUACACGAUUAUCUAAAGUACAUAAUACACCCGGUCGACGAUUUUCCAGACACAUGCCUCGUCUCGAUGCGAAUUUAUUAAACUCAGCCUGUCAACAAAGCAAAAAACGACUAUUCUUGUUUGAUUAUGGUGGUACACUUAUCCCUCAUGGAAAACCUCCCACGCCCCAGGAUUUGGCACGCGUCAUUGCAUUACUCACUAAAUUAUCAGAGGACCCUCGUAAUUCUGUCUAUGUCAUUUCGGGAAGAACAAAGAGCCAUCUCGAUACGGAUUUAGGCUCAUUGCCUAAUUUAGGUUUGAGUGCAGAGAAUGGGUUUUAUAUCAAGCCUCAAGGUGAAGAGUGGAAACAGGUGUAUGAUAAUGUGGAUUUCUCAUGGAAACCUACAGUGCAAGAGAUCUUUCAAUAUUACACAGAACGUACACCGGGAGCCUACGUGGAAUGCAAGGACACCUCGAUUGUGUGGCAUUACCGUACAGCCGAAGGAGCGGAUUCACAGUUUGUAUCAUGGCAAGCAGCCGAAUGUCAAAACCAUAUUGCUGAUUCGGUGAAUAAGAACUUUGCGGUGCAUGCAGUGGCAGGCAAUACAACCAUUGAAGUGAUCCCUACCGAGAUCAAUAAGAGUUCCAUUACCAAUCGUAUCUUACAGGAGACCACACCUGAUUUUGUAUUAUCUAUAGGUGAUGACCGAUCGGAUGAAGACAUGUUUAGUUUUCUGAACAAACAAAAGGAUUUAAAGGUCAUCACCUGUACUAUCGGUACAAGAAGUACAGAGGCCACUUAUCACAUUCCCAAUGUACACACUGUCUUGUCCACACUCGAAUUGUUGUGUACCCUUUAA